GAUACCGGUAGUCGAUGUUACAUCUCCGGUGAGGUGGACGUCCCCCCCCCCCCUGUGUUUCGGUGUGGCCGCUAUAAAACGGCGUCCGGCAGUGGUGGAGGCACACAGUCGCCGGUCACCAUCGACUUCAGAGUGUCAGCACCAUGGCUCCGUUCACGAUUUCGCUGCUCGUUCUGUCGGCGAGCGUCUGCCUCGCCGACAAAGGCGCUGCUAGAUUUGGAGACCGAGCAAUCUUCCGCUCCUCUGUAGCCACUGCCGGUGGGAAACGAAACGGUGGAAAUGGGAAUGGAAACGGUGGCGGAAACGGCGGGACCACCGGUUACGCCGUCACCUACAAGUCGCCUGGAAACGGCAAACCGCCAGGAUCUGUAAGCUCUGCGUACUACAACAUCUACCCAGGCGGACGGACCCCUGGCGGUAACAAUGUUGGUGCUUACGGCAACGGCGGAAACAAUGGCGGUGAAAAUGGCAACGGCGGAAACAAUGGUGCUGGUUACGGCAACGGAGGAAAAAAGGGCGGUGGAAACGGCAACAGUGGAAACAAUGGUACCGGCUACGGCAACGGCGGAAACAUCGGUGGAGGAUACGGCAACGGUAAAAACGGCGGAAACGGCAACGGCGCUAGCGGCAACGGCGGUAACGGUAACGGCGGUAACGGUAACGGCGGUAACGGUAAAAGCGGUAACGGUAACGGCGGUUACGGCAGCGGCGGUAACGGCAACGGCAACGGCGGUAACGGCAAUGGUGGUGGCAAGAGCAACGGCAACGGGUAUGACAUCCCUCAUGCGUACUCGACGUACGCCGCUUCCACUAAAACCGGAAACGGUGGGAACGGAAAUGGCGGAAACGGGAACGGGAACGGAGGAGGUAACGGUAAUGGUGGUGGAUACGGCGUUCCUCCCACGUACACAGCAUACGACAGCUCCACUCAAACUGGAGCUUAUGGCAGCAACAGCAACGGAAGUAACGGCGGCAACAACGGUGGAGGAAAUGGCAGCGGAAACGGAGGAAACGGUAAUGGAAACGGCAAAGGAAAUGGUGGCGGCUAUGGUGUUGCCACUAAGGACCCGUAUGGCGACUCCUCGACAGGAACAGGCUAUAACGGAAAUGGUAAUGGCAACAGCAACGGCGGAGGAAACGGCAACGGAAACGGAAAUGGCGGAGGAAACGGUGGUAGCUAUGGUGCCACCAGUAAGUACCCGUAUGGGGACUCCACUACAGGAACAAACUAUGGCGGGACUGGCAAUGGCAACGGAAACGGCGGUGGAAACGGAAACGGCAAUGGAGGAAGUUAUGGUAAAAACGGUGGUAAUGGUAAUGGAAACGGAUACGGCGGAUCCCAUUCCUACCAAACGUAUUCGUUUUACGCAAAUAAAGGCAACAAUGGUGGAAAUGGCGGCGCUGGAAACGGCAAUGGUGGCAAUGGAGGUAACGGCAACGGAAACGGUGGUGGAAACGGUGGCGGCUACGGCACUACCGAUAAGCAUCUGUAUGGUGAUUCCUCGACAGGAACAACCUAUGGUGGAAACGGCAACGGUAACGGAAACGGCGGAGGAAACGGAAACGGCGGAGGAAACGGAAACAGCAACGGAGGAAAUGGAGGAAGCGGAUACGGCACUUCUCACUCGUACCCAACGUAUCCUACUUAUGUCAAGGAUAGCCAUAAUGGCGGCAACGGCAACGGCAACGGAGGCACUGGAAACGGAAAUGGAGGAGGAAACGGAGGCGGAUACGCUGCUACUAAUAAGUACUCGUAUGUUGACGCCUCAACGAAAACAGCUUAUGGUGGAAAUGGAAACGGCAAUGGUGGAGGAAACGGCAACGGUAAUGGAGGAAACGGCGGCAACGGAGGAGCAAAUGGUAACGGCAAUGGAUAUGGCAGUUCCAACUCGUACGGAACACCUACUUAUGCGACGGGUGGCAAAAAUGGCGGCAAUGGUGGAGGAAAUGGCAACGGAAACGGAUCUAAUGGGAACGGCAACGGCAACGGCAGUAGCAACGGCGGUGGAUAUGGUGAUGUCAGUUCGUACGCUUAUAGCGACUCCACAGGAACAACUUAUGGCGGAAACGGCAAUGGCAACGGCGGAGGAAACGGCAACGGCAACGGAGGUAAUGGUAACGGCAAUGGGUACACUGUACCCCAUACUAACCCAACGUAUCCCAUCUAUACAAAGGGAGGCAAAAAUGGCGGCAAUGGCGCUGGAAACGGCAAUGGAAACGGAAACGGUAACGGAGGUAAUGGUGGCAACGGAUCGUCCACCUAUAGCACACUUCCCAAGUACAGCGGAAAAGGCAAAUACGCCUAAGCCCAGAAUUAUGCACCUUGUAUCGCUUUCUUACUUGGAAGGCGUGCUGUGCGCAGCUUCCGCGCUCGCUAUUAGGUACGCGAAAAUGGAAGUUCCAGCUUGAUUUGGAGGCAAACACGCUGCUUGUCCUGUCUUGUCGAAUAGCCUCGUAGUUAGAAUCUGUCAUAGCUAGCGCCUUGUUUCCUAGAUGCCAAGUUUGAAUCUGUAGUGGCCUAUUUAUGCUAGUGCUAAGCAUCGUACGACAUAGAAGCACAUGUAGAUAGGCAAUGGGCAUUCAAUAUUGUCGUCAUGUCAGAAAUCGUAGUGGAACUUAUCCUGAAUUUGGGCUGUGGCAAACUGCAUAGGAUAUCGACUGUAAUGUGCCAACCUCUGUGCCAAUACAUCUGAUAACUGUACGA